AUGACAUUCAAAUUUCCAAAGAAUAAGCCGCUCCUUUUGGAUGGGGCCACCGGAACCGAGUUGGAGAAGCAUGGCGUGAGUUUGAACGAUAAGCUCUGGUCGGGAAUUGCCGUUAUAAGCGAGCCGGAGAAAUUGGAGGAGGUGUAUUUGGAUUAUUUGAACUGUGGAAGUGAGCUAAUUGAAACUGCCACCUAUCAACUUACGAAAAAGGGACUUAUUAAGCACGAUCUAGACCCUCACUCAACAUACCAGAAGGCCAUAGACAUCGCGGACAGUGCGAGACAGAAGCAUUUCGAGAAAACAGGCAAGAAAGCGAUGAUUGUUGGAAGUAUCGGGCCAUUUGGCGCCUAUUUGGCAGAUGGUGCCGAGUUCACCGGUCACUAUCCGGAAAUCAGCAAUGAGGAAAUGAAGGCGUUCCAUUCCGACCGGCUCGACUAUCUCUACAACUCCCCGCUUGUGGAUCUCAUCGGCUUUGAGACGAUCCCAUCGUUCGAGGAGGUGAAAUCGAUUCUUGAGAUGAUGAAGACAAAACUAGAUGAGGCAAAGAAAGCUGGCAAGCCCUACAAGCCAUACUACCUUGCCUUGAGUUGCAGCCCGGAGAUGGUUCUAGCAGAUGGCUCUUUGCUUCACAAAGUGCUUGAGUACAUCGACGGACACCUUGAGGAGAACUUGGUUGCAGUUGGUGCGAACUGCUGCGGUCUCCGGACCAGUAAAGUGCUUAUCGAGAAGUUCGACUUGGAGUUUGGCAAUUUCCACAACCUUGACAGGCAGUGCAGGAUCGUGAUAUAUCCGAACUCGGGCGAGAUAUACGACGGAAUAACGAAGGAGUGGAUCAUGGACGAUAAGCUAGGAACGACCGAUCUACAGCAGGCUUUCAGGGAGGCGGCCGAGGUGUUUUUGUCGAAAAAGAGACUUGGAUUAGUGGGAGGGUGCUGUCGGACUGGGCCAGCACAGAUAAAGCUGCUCAGGGAGAUGAUUGAUGAGAAGAAGUGA